AUGGCUAGAUGUUUCAGCUUCACAGCUUCCCGUGAUUGGUUCUACCGUUACUCAUUUGGCAAUGCCGGUCUCCGAUCAAUCUCCUCCGAUUUCGGAGAUGGAACCACCAUGCAUUGUUGGGUUCCAAGAACCUACAAAAUAUCCAAACCAAACCUCGUCCUCGUCCACGGCUUCGGUGCCAAUGCAAUGUGGCAAUACGGCGAACAUCUCCGCCACUUCAUCGACCGUUUCAACGUCUACGUACCAGACCUCCUUUUCUUCGGCGAGUCCUACACGUCAAGACCUGAAAGGCACGAGUCUUUCCAGGCUCAGUGUCUGAUGAGGCUCAUGGAGUCACAAGGGGUACAUCGAAUGAGCCUUGUGGGGGUCAGCUAUGGAGGGUUCGUAAGUUAUAGCUUAGCAGCUCAGUUUCCUGACGCUGUAGAAAGGAUUGUGUUGUGUUGUGCUGGGGUUUGCUUGGAGGAAAAGGAUAUGGAAGAUGGUUUGUUUAAGGUUCCAAAUUUGGAUGAAGCUGCCAAUAUUUUAUUGCCACAGACGCCAGAGAAAUUGCGAGAGUUGAUGAGAUUUUCUUUUGUCAAGCCAGCCAGAGGAGUCCCCUCUUGCUUUCUUGCAGAUUACAUUGACGUUAUGUGCACAGAUUAUGUUGAGGAGAAGAGAGAACUGAUUCAUUCUAUACUCGUAGGCCGAAAGCUUUCUAAUCUGCCAAAGAUCACCCAGCCAGCGUUAAUAAUCUGGGGAGCGGAAGAUCAAAUAUUCCCUGUGGAACUAGGGUACAGAUUACAAAGGCACGUGGGAGAAAGUGCAAAAUUGGUGAUAAUUAAGAAUGCUGGGCAUGCAGUUAACUUAGAGAAGGCCAAGGAAUUUGCUAAGCACUUAAAAUCAUUCCUCGUUGGUUCAUUUCAAUCUCCUUCUCCUUCUUCAACUCAUUACCAUCUCUUCCACCAAGAUCAUGUAGAUUGA